AUUCGUAUUGUUAUGCUAAAUUGUGUAGCAUAUUUCAGUUAUUAACAAAAUAUAAUUUUCAGAUAAACUUACCGAAGAAAAUAUGGCGGCACAACAGCCACAACCUAGGAGAAAAAGGUUCAUACCUAAAUAUGACGUAGAGGGAGUUCAUAAAGUAGUACUGGGUGAGGAAACUCAAAUGCAAAUCGAGAUACUCAUAGGCACACAUGUUAACGCCCAGUACCCAUGGAAACUAGUCAGCAAAGCUAAGAUCAUGGAAACUAUAGAUAUUGGACAUGAACUAUCAGAAUUCUUCCAUUUAAUGCCACAAUUACAAGCAUAUGACGAUGAUAUGGUGUUAAUGGGUUACAUUGUGGACGAAUCCAAAGAUGUCGAUGAGUUCUACAUCUGUUUAACUAAAGAAUCCAGAGACCACUGCAAACAACAAUCGGAUAGAUAUAUAAAGAGACAGGAGAAGAAGUUAGAAAAAGCAGUGCAGAAGAAACCCAGACCAUGGAAGAGUUUUGGUAGUGAAAAAGAAAUCAAAGAACUUACUCCAGUAAAUUCUAGACCGUUAAUGGAAAUGGAAAUAAAAGCUAAGUUUCCAACUGUUUACCAGCCAAAGAAAUUCAUUGUUAGGGACACAGAUUCGGUUAGAGAUGGACACAUCGAACUUACACCGUAUAGACAAAAGUUUAACGUUGUCUUCAGGCGUAGAAUCGAUACCGCUGCACAAGCUGCUCCACCAAAACGUGAUAAUUACGCUCAAACCGUGCUGAGAUAUCCUCAAAAUAUGUGGACUCAAUCGAUUGCUGAUGCUCUUGGAUCGGUUGAUGAUGCAGAAGAUGGUGGUGGUGGGGGUGGUGAUGCUGAUCAGGCUGCAAAAGUAGAAAAAGAAGAAGAAGAGAGUUCCGAAGAGGAAGGGGAGGGAACUAAAGAGGCACCAGACGAGGUGGGUCUAGCUGCGUAUAGAGCCGCAUUACAACGCAUGCGCCGUCCCUCAUACAUUAAAAUGAUUAACACUUUUAUAUCAUCGAUUUGCGACGAGGUAACGUCAAUAAUAGAAUUAAAUACUGUUAUGGAUAUGUACUGCAAUGAUUAUCCCAAUUUAGUUGCGCAAAAAACAGUAGAUAUUUACGAUUCUAUGACAUUCGAAGAAUACGUUUGCUUCACAGAUGUGCGCGCUAAAGAUAAGUAUGUAUCUAGUGCUGUCUUUCAUCCUAUGUGGACAGGUAUUGUUGCUAUUUGCUAUGCCGAUGGAUCACCAUCUGUUAUGAAAACUUUGACCACUCGCCCAGAUCCAAUUCAAAGAGCUGUCUACGGUCUCAAUCCUGUUAUGAUUUGGAGCCACAUCGAUAGUCUAUUGCCCAAAUUAUACUUAGAGUCACCUCGUGAGGUUAAAGUUCUUUCGUUUUGUCCUUUUGAUGAGAACAUUCUCGUAGGUGGUUGCGUGAAUGGACAAAUAGUAGUUUGGGAUCUCACAAAUAAGUUGGAAAACGUUGAGAAGAUAGAAGUAUUAAGUGAGACCAGGGAAAAAUAUCGUAUCGCAAUGAAUGCGCACAUGGGUUGGAUGAAAACUGUUGAGGAUAGUGCUGUGGUUCAAUCCACAGCAUUGAGUAACUUACUAACGUGUCAUUAUGGCCCUGUUACUGCUAUUAAAUGGCUCUCUCCUAAUUUCACGAUAUCAACUACCGGCAAGACUACGUUGUUACCUAAAGACCAGAAAUCCUUAAUGUUCUUUACUGGUGCCGAAGACGGGAAUAUUUUGAUAUGGAAUUUAUCCGUUGAGAACGUUACUUUAUUCGAGACUAAAAAAGUAAAAAAAUCUAAAAGAGUAGCCAAACGGCCUUCUGGGUUGUUAGUUGACGUUUCUCCUUAUAAAAUUCUAGACCGAAACCUGCAGCCUAUUUACAAAAUUAUUUUAGGUGUCGCCGGUCAGCCUGAAACGUUGACUUUACAAAGUUUCGGAAUGAAUCCUCCAACAGUCAAAUACAUAUACACGCCAAGAAAUACAGGCUCGGGUCGAAAGUAUUUCACUAGUGAAGUAAUUCCACAAACAGAAUCUGAUAUUAACACCAUACUGUAUUGUGGAUCACAGCAUGGUGAAAUAAGAAGGAUCACUUGGGAAGGACACGAAUUCAAUACAGGUGAGGUGGUGAAUUCCGAAUAUUGUACAAUGAAGUUUAGUUGUAGUAUACAUGAUGGUAUUGUGACGUGUACACAGAAAAAUCCUUUUUUGAACCAUCUAACGUUGACUGUAGGAGGAAAAAUAUUUGCCAUAUGGGCUGAUAAAUUGAUGAACCGUCCCCUUAUUUGGAAGAAGCGUCCGUACCGGCUCACUGAUGCUAGAUGGUCACUUUAUAAACCUAGUUUGCUGUUCAUAUCUACUUCCGAAGGCGAUUUGGAGACAUGGGAUUUAUUGUUGAGAAGCGACCUACCUAUAUCAAUUCAAACACUUUCGGGAAAUAUGCUUACUGGAGUCAGUUUACAUACCUUGCCAUUAGCCAAGAAUAUUAUUGGUGUAAGUGAUGUCAAUGGAUCAUUCAGAAUGUUUCUAGACCCACCAAUAUUUAUGAUAGAGAACGCAACAUAUAAGACACGUAUGGAAAAUAUGAUUAAUAGGGAAUUAAAGGUUAUGUUAACGUUCAAAGCAUGGCAAGACGAAUGGAUGAAGAAUAAUGCUCAAAUACUUCUAGAAAUGAAACGAAAGGAAGGGGCUCUCUUAGCUGAGAAAGAGGAAGAAAAACGUAGGUUAAAGGAAGAAGAAGAAAAAAGAUUAGAGGAAGAAGCUGAAGCAAGAAGACUAGCGAAAAUGAAAGUUGUGGGUCCAGAAGAAAGGUGGAAAAAGAUAGUACAGAAACUAAUUGAAAGAACUAUUGCAGUUAAAAAAAGAAUAAACAGAGCCGAACUUAUAGAGCACGAAAAACCUUUGCGGGAAUUAGAAGCUCAACGUCUGGAGAAAGAAAGAAGAAUGUUGGAGAUAAUGAAGAACCAAAAAACAAUUUUUAAUGAUACUGUGGCAAUUCUUUUCCCAGAGGCCAUUAAAAAGAAAGAAAAAGUCAAGAAGAGUCUCCUCUGUGAUGACAAGGAAGGCCUUAAACGCGAGUAUUUAGAAGACUAUGACUAUUUGAAGAAUACAUCUUUUAAAAUUGUUAAAGAAAAUCCGUACAGAGUUGCAUUUUCUUGGGAAGGUACGUUAGCUGAAGGUAAGGAAAGAAGAGAGGCGUUAAGUGCUCAUGAGGAUUUUAUUAAAAUGCACAAAGCAAGGAUUGAGGAGGAGGGUAGAGAGGGGCCAUCGCCUCUACCUACAAGAAAGUCUGCACGGCAGAGUGUCGUAGAGGAAAUUGAAGAACAUGUAGAAGAAGAAGAAGUUAAUUUGGAGUAGUCCACAUUGUCAAUAUUGCGGAUUAAAUUUCACGAAUAAGAGCACCAAUAAUGGAGUAUAGAAUCAAAGGCUGUAAUUUGCAUUUGGUUCGAUCUUUGACGUUCAUUUUUUUGGUGUAUAACCUGUUGUUAUUAAUAAAGCACUUGAUGAAACUUAGAUAAAUAUAUUCAAAGAGAUAAAAAGGUAUUGUACGUUAAAACAGUCAGAGACAAGAGAGAUAUAGAGAGGGGACUUAAAAACUAGUGAUGUACGCUGACCGGUGAGCUGUCUAUGGGUCACUGAUAUUUGCGUUUACUCCAACAGUUUAUUCCAAACUGACAUUUGGAUGCUUUUUAAUAUUCAAAAUAUAUUUCUUUAGCAUGGACAAUAAGGUAGCCACAAAAGAUAACCAUCUUUUUGUGUUGGUUAAACGACGUCAAAAAUCAUUCUAAAUUUAAAUUGCUGCCUUUGACUCAGUCAUGCGAAACAGAUAAACCAAAAAUGAUCAUUUGUGGAAAUGUUCUACUAAUCAGCAAAUUAUAGAGGGGAGAAUAUUUUCUUUUUUCCGGCUUGUCUUUACCUACUGUCAUCUAAUUUAGGGGAAACGUAACCAAAAUAAACCAAAACGGUGUAAAUGUCUAUAUAAACGUAUUAUUGUCGUGGCGUUUUAUUAUAUUUCCCAUUUUAGAGGUCCCGGUGCAUUACUAAUGUUCCGUGAAAUUUAAUAAUUUAUUAUUUUUAUUAAUUUCCUUUUAACGUAUUGCCUUAGUAUUUUCUUUUACGAUAAUAUAGUAUUUAUGUAUC